UCUGCCUCACUGCUCACACACUCACACAGACAGGAAGUGGAGGGCUUGCGUCUCAACAGCUACGACCUGAGCUUCACGAGAGGAAAAUGUGGCGCAUGAGGGUCGCAGAUGUUGACGAGAAGCAAUGAAAUGUGCGCAGAUCUCCUCUGAUUUCUCUCAGGAUCAAAGUGGUAGAACUACACUGUAGGGCAGCAUGUCCUCAUCAACAGUCUCUCUCCAGAUUUUACUUCUCACAGCCAUCGCCUUCACUGUAUCAGGGGCCCAGAAGCUGACCGUCACCCCUGACAGAGGCACCACCAUCACCAUCAGCACUAAUCAGGUCAAAGGUUGCAAAGUGUGCACUGGGGCACGAAGCUCACGGCGAUGUCAAACAUCCCUUCAGCUGAAAGACAACACUCCUGUCUCAGUGGAGUUUGAAUGCCCCAGAGCUGAAAAUGUGUUCAGUGUGGAAAUUGUGCAACAUAUCAAAUGUACCACAAAGUCCUGCAACAGCCACAUCAUCCAGAAGGACUCUGGCUCACUGCCUUUGCUGGCUUUUAACCGCAAGUUCAUCUGGAACCUGAAGGCCUCAGCGCCUAAAGCAUUCAAAAUAGACUUCAGGAAGGCAGGUCUGAGACAGAUUAAUGUUUCGGAGAGUUGUCCAGACAGACACAGCUACACCCUCAAGGCCUUCCAGACGACAGGGAAUGUGACUGUAGGGAAAUACUGCGGAACGGGACCCAUCAGUAGUGCUCAGAUACUGAAUCAAGGCAGCUUUUCUCUGGAUGUCCCGGCAGGACAGAAGCUGCAAAAUGGCCAGUUUGAUGUGUCUGUCGGGGAGGAAAUCAAAUCCCUUGCCAAAGUUACACUGACGUUACCAAAAGGGUCCUCGUCCUCAGACUUGCUCUCUCCAAACUACCCGGACAGUUUUCCCGAUGAUGACGUGAUGGAGUGGUACUUUCAGGUCCCGGACAAACACAAGACAGCUCUUCAGCUCUUAAAGCUCAGAGAGCCGCGUUGUCUGAAGAAGGACACAGCAGUGGAGUACCACAUCAAAGCGAGAGUGGCAUCGGUGCUGAGGCUGACAGACCCCCAGCCAGAGCAGUUGCUUGGAAGCUUCUCCGUGAUGCUGAGGAACUGCGAGAUGAACAGAAGUCAGGCUGGUUCUCCUGGACUAUCACUGAAGCUCAGGGUGUCUUCUUCAAGUUCAUCAGUGUCAUGUAAUGUGUACAAGAGACAAAUGGAGGGUCUUUCUCUUCACAUUGAGAAGCUGAGACCAGCAUCCGACUGCAAGAUGAAUAUAAACUCUGAAAAGCCGAAGGAGAGGAUCACAGUCACGUCUGACAGCGUCCUGCAUUUCCAGGGCUGCCUUCCUGAAGACGUACAAGUCACCGCCACGAGAGUCAUAGGGUGCAGUCAACUCAAAGACUGCCCGAAGACUCAGGUCCGUCUGUCGUCGCCUCAGCUGCCGGACUGCCUCCCCGCCACUCUGAGCAACGUGACCUGGCAUCUCCGUCCUCCUCAGCACGGUACUGUGGAGCUGACCUUUCCCCUUGGGCCCCUCAAGCAGUUGCUACCUUUGCAGCCAUGCAACGACAGCAUCGUUAUCGAAAUGGCCGAAAGUGACGGCAUUACUGUUGGACAGUUCUGUCCUCAGGGAGCCAUAGAGAAGGUCCAAAUCCACAACAACGUGUCUGUAACUGUGUCCGGCAUGGAGAGUAAAGGAAGGAGUGUGCUGAAUGCCAUCUUCAAAGAGGAGAUAUCAGAGAGAUACAUAUUCACUGUAUCUCCAAAGAAAGACACUCCUGUUCUUUUGGCUACACCUGGUUGGGCGGUAGGAAUGAAGUCUUACUCCACCGUCUCCUGGAUCGUCUCUGUUCCCCAGAGGAUGGAGGCGCACCUGAUGUUUGCCAACCUCAGCCAGCCCAAGUGCAGCAACCGCCACACCAACAUCAGGGUGCAGAGGCUCGGCAGCCCGGAGGAGGACUACAGCCGCAGGGAGGACGAGGAGGCCGACGCUGAGAUCACUGUCUCCGAGAGCUUCUACCUCAACAUGUCCAACUGUAUGCCUGAAAGAGGACAAUUCAGCGUCGUCACCCAGAUCACCCUGCAGAAGAGCAAGAACCGUCUGCUGACUAUCAUCCUGAGCGUGGUGGCCACCCUGUUGGUCAUUUUUGUUGUUGUGCUAGUAGUGAUCUGUGUAGUGGUUAGGAAGAAGAAGAAGAGGCUGAAUCAUCAAGUGUCCAUCUACAAUCCGAACGGCACCAGCUUCCUGCCAGGAGCCAACGGCUUCCCAGCAACCCACGAAGACAACAAUGAUCAUGAGUAUGCCUCCAUCGAGGACACGCUGGUCUAUACGCACCUGCUGAGAAAGGGGAACGAGAUCGGCGUCUACGGAGAGUUUGACACGUACCGACCCUUCGUGGGACAAACAGACUCACAAAAGCCGCUGGUCCCUAAAAACGCAGGUGAUGACGACAUGCAACGCGGGUCUUUCCAGCAGGGUCCUCCACUUCCCGUCAGGCCUCCAAGCCACGGCGAGCGCCUGAUGGACAAUGAGAUUUACCAGACCGAGGGCCAAAGUGACGAGGAACGUUCCCCGGACCUGGGCAAGCGGCUGGAGCCAGAGGGAGGAAACUGAUGAGAAGAUUGGAUUCAGCUUUCUGCUUUUCACUUGACCUACGAGAUAAUCAUUCCCUGGCAUCUGUGUGAUUACCUGAUGUUCAGCCUUUGCAAGAAGCCUUUUUUUUCCUCUUGAACAUAGUUUUGCACCGAAGCCAGGCACACAAAAUAACCCUGCUCAAACCUGCCUGCAGCUGUUACCUUGUUUUAGCUCAGAUGAAGGCACAUUUGGUGUUUGGCAGUACAUAAUCAUCCUCUUUAUACCAGGUUUUGCCACUAUAAAGAGAUCUUGUGUAGCUUUUAGGCAGUGAAUAUUUGCCAUCUGAGAUAUUUUGUACAUAUUAUGGAUGUUUAUACAGGAGCGAAGGUGUGUGCUGUUUACAUGCUGAGUUUUUCAUUUUUAUCUUUAAACUGUUGAGAGUACUCCUCUGCUGUGGCAAUGCACUGCAUUUUUAUAGCACCAUCAAAACAUGAUGGGCUGAUGAUGGCCCGUAUUGCAGGAGAUUGCACCAGCAGUGUGUGUGUGCAUGGAGUAUUCUCUCUAUAUUAUUUAUCACUGCUUUUGCACCUGCUAUGGAGACUUGUAGGUACAGCAUCAUUACACCAUAAAUGUGCCUUGCAAAAAGGUCAAUACACUUCAGCUAAUACAGAUCUUAGAGUUGUUUUCAGCCAUUUUGGUCCAGGGAUAAAUGAAAAUGUUGUGCUUUUGUUCUUUUUUGAACCCACGCUUUUUGGGAAUCUUCUGCUGCUAGCUAAGAGAGUUUGUUUUCUGCGUGUGUAUCAAUGAAAUCACAAGUCAGAAACCAUAUUUUACUAUUUAUAUUUUACCCCCUUCUGCUGGACUAGGAUGACACAUUGCUCACAUACUUAAUUGCAGUAUGUGAGCAAAAAGUUACAUCACACAAAGAAAAAGUCAGUAUGUUUGCUGGUUGACUGAAUUGUGUUAUUAAUUACAGGCUGUGUGGGGCCUAUAAUUUAACGUAAGUAAUGAGUGCUCGUGUGUUGUUGUGAAGUGUGGAGCAACCAACAGAUGUAAAAGGUCAUGGUACAAACCAAUUCCUAACUAAGUUACAGAUUUUGUUAUGUGAAAUUCAACAGUUUGUACAUUAACAGGGAUAGAAAAUAACAACACAGCAUAUUAAAAUCUCUAGUUAAGGUAUUGAUUGUGAUAUUAGUUAUAAGAAGAUGCAAGAAUGUUAUCUGGUCUCAUUUAAGGAAAAUCAGGUUCAAGAUGUACGAUGAAACUUGUGAAAAAGACUGAAUGAAUAAAUGAAUUGUGUGUUUGUCUUGUAAAGCCAUGUUACCUCCUGCAGUUCAGAGAAUAAACUGCAGAGGGAGACACUUCAAAGUUGCCAUAAAAACAUUCUCACCCCUU